GAGUUUCUGCUUGCCCGCUUCAUGUUCAUGCCUCACGUCGGGGACGGGGAAGGGCUGAGUGGCGGAACGAGACAUGGCGGAGAAGGCAUUCAUUCCUAGGCUCAUCUGGAGAGAGGGUCAUGCGGCAUAAGAAAGCCCAAGAGAGUCUCGGGUCGGGGUCCUGCUUCGGGUGGCUGGUGCUUGUGGUUUUCCAGCGAGGUCCACACACACCCCAGUCUGAUAGCAGUUACUGAGGUCAAUAUGGAUUAAGCCUGUUGUAAAAUUACUCCUUCGGGAGGGAAUAGAUAAGUGAAGAAACACUGUGCUUGAGUGAUAUUGUUUCUGAGAGUCCUGGAGAAGAUGGCGUUCAUUAGUCCGAAGGAAAUUGUAUUAAUUAUUGGAGCCGUGGCAGCUUGUUAUUGGAACAGUCUGUUUUGUGGCUUUGUUUUUGAUGAUGUUUCAGCAAUUUUGGACAAUAAAGACCUGCAUCCUUCUACUCCUUUAAAAAACCUCUUCCUGAAUGACUUCUGGGGGACUCCUAUGUCUGAGGAGAGAAGUCAUAAGUCGUAUCGGCCGCUCACUGUUCUCACAUUCCGUUUGAACUACCUGUUCAGCGAGUUAAAUGCUGUUUCUUACCACUUCCUGAACGUUGUCUUUCAUGCAAUUGUUUGUAUAGUCUUCCUCAAGGUCUGUAAGCUUUUCUUGGACAACAAGAGCAGCUUGGUGGUAUCGUUACUAUUUGCUGUACAUCCAAUACAUACUGAAGCAGUAACGGGUGUGGUGGGCAGAGCAGAGCUUCUCUCUUCUAUUUUCUUCCUAGCAGCUUUUUUGUCAUAUACGAAAUCCCGAGGGCCAGAUAAUACUAUAGUGUGGAUUCCUAUUGCAGUGACUGUGUUUCUGGUUGCUGUUGCUACAUUAUGUAAGGAACAGGGAAUUACAGUGGUAGGAAUAUGCUGUGUCUAUGAAGUAUUUAUAGCGCAAGGGUAUACUUUGCCCAUUCUUUGGGAUACAGUCUUACAUAUUCUCCGAGGCAAAGGCAGUAUUCCCUAUUGUAUGCUCCAGAUGCUGUUGAAACUAAUUGUUCUCAUGUUCAGUACUCUGCUCCUUGUAGUGAUCAGAGUCCAGGUUAUUCAGUCCCAGUUGCCAGUGUUUACAAGAUUUGACAAUCCUGCUGCUGUGAGCCCUUCCCCAACCAGGCAGCUAACUUUCAACUACCUCCUUCCUGUAAAUGCUUGGUUGCUUCUAAACCCUUCAGAAUUGUGUUGUGAUUGGACAAUGGGCACCAUACCACUGGUGGAGUCUCUUCUAGAUAUAAGAAAUAUUGCCACAAUCACUUUUUUCUGUUUUUUGGGAACAUUGCUUGUCUUCAGUCUCCGUUAUCCUGGAGAUUCCUCCAAAACUGUAUUAAUGGCACUUUGUUUAAUAGUGUUGCCUUUCAUCCCAGCAUCAAACCUUUUUUUCCCUGUUGGCUUCGUGGUGGCAGAACGAGUGUUAUAUGUUCCCAGUAUGGGAUUCUGCAUGUUAAUCGCCCAUGGGUGGAGAAAGCUCUCAAGCAAUAGUGUGCUAAGAAAGUUUUCCUGGGUAUGUCUGUCUCUGGUGCUGUGUGUUCAUGCCCUAAAAACACUGCACAGGAACUGGGACUGGGAAUCAGAAUAUACGCUGUUUAUGUCUGCUUUGAAGGUGAAUAAAAACAAUGCCAAACUCUGGAAUAAUGUGGGUCAUGCUUUAGAAAAUGAAAAGAACUUUGAAAGAGCAUUGAGAUUCUUCAUACAAGCCACUCAAGUGCAGCCAGAUGAUAUUGGUGCCCAUAUGAACGUAGGGAGAACAUACAAAAAUUUAAACAGAACCAAAGAAGCUGAAGAAUCCUAUUUGGUGGCAAAAUCACUGAUGCCACAGAUUAUUCCAGGUAAAAAAUAUGCUGCACGAGUUGCUCCCAACCAUCUGAAUGUUUAUAUAAACCUUGCAAACCUGAUUCGAGCAAACGAGUCUCGUCUGGAAGAAGCAGACCAGUUGUAUCGGCAAGCCAUUAGCAUGAGGCCAGAUUUCAAACAAGCAUACAUUAGCAGGGGAGAAUUGCUUCUAAAAAUGAAUAAGCCUUUGCAAGCUAAGGAAGCUUACCUUAGAGCUCUCGAACUAGACAGGACCAAUGCAGACCUGUGGUAUAACUUAGCAAUUGUUUACAUUGAACUGAAAGAUCCAACUGAAGCACUGAACAAUUUCAACAGGGCAUUAGAACUGAAUCCCAGCCAUAAAUUGGCACUAUUUAAUUCUGCACUCCUGAUGCAAGAAUCUGGUGAUGCUAGACUUCGACCAGAAGCUAGGAAAAGACUUCUAAGUUAUGUAAAAGAAGAACCUCAAGAUGCCAAUGGCUAUUUUAACUUGGGUAUGCUUGCAAUGGAUGACAAGAAAGAUGCAGAAGCUGAAACCUGGAUGAAAAAAGCCAUAAAACUACAACCAGGCUUCCGAAGUGCUUUGUUCAAUUUGGCACUGCUUUAUUCUCAAACUGCAAAGGAGUUGAAGGCUUUGCCAGUUCUAGAAGAGCUACUGAGGUACUAUCCUGAUCAUACCAAAGGUUUGAUUCUGAAAGGAGACAUUUUGAUGAACCAAAAGAAAGACAUAAGGGGAGCCAAGGAGUGUUUUGAAAAAAUACUGAAAAUGGACCCCAACAACGUUCAAGGAAAACACAACCUUUGUGUAGUUUAUUUUGAGGAACGAGAUUUCUUAAAAGCAGAGAGAUGCUUAGUGGAGACACUAGCUUUAGCUCCACAUGAGGAAUACAUCCAACGUCAUUUAAGCAUAGUCCGAAGUAAAAUCAUUUCACUUGGUACAGGGGAAGCAUCUGCGGUUCCCACAGAGAAGACCAUAGCUGUGGAAGAAAAAAAAACUCCAUCUGAAAACUUGAAAGGGGCAAAAAAUGAUCAGAAAAGCUCUCGGACCACAAACAGUAAUAGCAACAAAGGGCAGACAAAGCCCAAGAAACAAGUGGACAAAAAUACCACAGAUAAAGAGACAAAAAAGAAAUCAUCAAAAGAAAUCAAAGACAUUGAGAAAAAAAGGGUUGCUGCUCUGAAAAGACUAGAAGAAAUUGAACGUAUACUAAAUGGUGAAUAAUUGUUGGUAGACUUCCAGAACAGGAGGUUGAUACUUGCUUCCAAGGUGGUAUGUGUUCAGUCAAAAUGACCACUAGGUGCUUUUUGAAUUUGGAGAUAAUAUUUGAAAGCAUAUCAUGAGGGAGAAAAAGGAAUCAAGAAGAAGCUGUUCCUCCCACACAAAAAAGAAAUUGGUUCUGGAAAAUCACGUUUUUAGGUCAUGGUUUAAGGAGUUGAGCUUCACUCGCAUGGAUUUCUCUGCCAAUGGAAACUAUAAUUCCAAUGCUACUAUCUAAAAUUGUGGCCUGUUUCCUGGGAAGCAAAUUCCACUGAACUCCAAGAGUGCCUGCUUCAUAAUAAACCUAUUUUGAACCAGGCUGCAAAAUAAUAGGAACCAGAUACCUUCCAUUCUGUAUCAUCUCAACUAUAAAAUGCUAGAAGGGGUCUUUUUGUUUUUAAUUUUGAAAAGAUACCUCAGGUAUGAUGGUUUCUAGACUAUAAGUGGAAUUCAAGUGCUGUAGGAAUGGAACUUUAGUCUGGAUAACAGUUUAGCUUGCUCACUGAGUCCUUGAUUAUUUUUCUAACUAUAUAUUAACACACCACAGUUCUGUUUCCAAUACCACCUCAAAAUAUCACUGUCCCAAAAUGUGUUGACAAUUAACUAGCUAAUACUGCUGAUAUGAUGUAUGUGCAUGCAUGCAUUUUAUAGGAUUUUUUUUCAGACUUGUUUGGUUGACGCUAAAAGUGCAGUGGUUCCCUUGAUCCUGUGGGUGGAGUACAAAACACAACAGUCCCAGAAAAUAACACCCACUAAAAUUGAUUCUGAUGAGUUUUACAUUUCUGUAGUAUCUUAAUUAUGUUUUAUGUACAGAGGGGUUUUGUCUCAACAGUUACUCCCCUCUACUAUAAGAGAUCAGUUUAUUUCUAACCCAGCUAAAGUUUAGAACAUCAGUGUUUCACUUCUAAAAUUAUCAUUUUCUUUGUUCCUCAAUUAAGUAAUAUACAGUAUAUGGGGCAUUUCCUAUUUUAAACUUCCUGUUGAUGAACAGGAAGUAAAACGCAUCCGGUAAAAUGCAAAAUGAUGCAACUUUUUUACAAUCAUUGUAAUGGUAUUUUAUUUCUGGGAAUUUAUACAUCAACUAGAGUAUAUUACAAAAUGUCUGCUAUUCAGGAAGAUGAUUAAAAUUGUACUCCUGUGUACACUUAAUUGUAAAUAGGAUUUAUGUUGAGUUGCGGGUGCAGUUAUUCAAUGGUAGGGUAUUGCAUGCAGGAAAAUUCCAGAUUUAAUUCCUGGCAUCUCCCAGUAUGCUAUGAAAGGCCCUUGUAGAUCUGCUGCCAACUGGGGCAGUAGUGAGCUAAGCAGGGUUAAUGAUCUUGACUUUGCAUAAGGCAGCUUCCUAUAAUCCUAAUAUAGAAAAAUCAAGCAUAUGGCCAUAAAAUGGGACUGUUAUAUCACCACAUGGCGUUAAGGAAAAAUAAAAACCCUGAAGGCUGCCCCAUCUAAUCCAGAUGCAGAUUAUGUUGGAUUGCAACCCCCCAUAAACCAUUCCAGCAUAGCCCAUGGUGAGGAAUGUUGAGACCUGAAGAAAUCAACCUCUGGAAGGCUGUACUUCACCCAUCAUGGUCUAAUCCCUGCACAGAAAAGACUUCCAAGUAGGAAAUAGUGUGCAACAAGUGUAGAUCAUCAUGCGUACAAAGGAAGAUGUCAUGUGAGGAUCGCAUGUACUUAAUUCACAGUUUGCUUUUAUGUUGUUUUCUAUACACACAGUUUCUGCAUUACUUCCUCAACUGUUGACUUCUGGUUUAAUUUCAAACUAAAUGCACAAAACACUAAAUGUGGGGGUUUUAAUUAAAUAUUUGUUCAAUCUACUAAGUUUCAAAAGUGUUUCCCUCCACUAACACUUUUGCCAAAAUAAGGUAACUCAGUUCUUUAUGUGAAAUGCCUACAUUUUAAUAUCUAUGACAAUGCUUUUUUCCCUCAUAAAUAUUUUGUUGGGGGUGUUUUUUGUUUUGUUUUUCUUUGAUGGCAUAGCUCCCUGGGAACUAAAGGGAAAUAUAAACCAGCAAUCCGUUAUAAUGUUG